GAGAGAGAAAGGGGGAGAGAGAAAGAAGGGUGGAUAAGAUGAGAGCCGAUGUGGUGUCGAUGAUGAUCCACCGGCAGCGGACGCACCGUCGUCGCGCUUUGUCGGCGCGAUCUUGAGGCGGUCGGAUGUGCAGCGACACGCGGAGGAUAACGACGCGGGACGACGGGACGACGCUGCUCCUGCGACGCCGGCGGGAUUGCUGAUUCGCCGUUUUCGCCGAGUGCUCUCAUGAAGUCAUCACUCAACGGAGAACAUGGAGACCGAUUGCUUAUCGAUAAUCGCUAGGCUGUGCAUCCUGCUGAUGCUGUUCGGCCCGGUCACGGACGUACACUCGCUCGACAUACGAUCAUGCAACCAGUCCUUGGGGAUGGAGUCGGGUGACAUACCGGAUUCAGCUAUCACUGCGUCCUCGUCGUAUGUGACGAACGUCGGACCGCGAAAUGGCCGACUCCGGAAGGAGACCGCCGGGGGUGCCUGGUGUCCGAAGAGCCAAAUAGAGAAAGGGGUCCGCGAGUGGCUCCAGGUCGACCUGCCAGGCGCCCACGUCGUCACCGGUGUGCAGACGCAGGGUCGUUACGAUCACGGCCGCGGCCAGGAGUAUGUCGAGGAUUACACCCUGGAAUAUCGACGUCCCGGCUUCACCGAGUGGCGGCGGUAUAAGCGCUGGGACAACAAAGAGGUUUUGGCCGGCAACAGCGACACCUCCACCGUCGUGUCGCACAAAUUGAUCCCGCCUAUCUUCGCCAGCCAAAUCCGGAUCCUGCCGCACUCGGAGCACCGGCGCACGGUGUGCCUUCGCAUCGAGCUCAAAGGAUGUCGGGACAUGAGCGGCCUGGUGAGCUACACCAUCCCGGACACCUCGAUGCCGGAGCUCAGCGACGUCUCGUACGACGGCGAGAGGCAGGACAACUUGUUGACCGAUGGCUUGGGCUGUCUAAUCGAUGGCGAGGUCGGCGCGGAUAAUUACAGACAAGACAUGGGAGACGGAAAAGGCACGGGUUGGGUCGCUUGGCUGCGUGACACUUUCGUGGAGAACUUCGUGGAGCUCAUCUUCGAGUUCGAGGCGACGUUGGUCUUCGAAGCGGUGCACAUCUAUACCAACAAUUAUUUCUCGCGGGACGUGCAGGUAUUCUCCAAGGCGGACAUCUGGUUCAGCACGGACGGCGAGACGUACGAGGACGAACCGUUGCUGUACUCCUACAUACCGGACCUGGUGCUGGAGAACGCCCGGAACGUCUCGAUCGGUCUCCACGGGCGGCGCGGCUGCCUGCUCAAGCUGCACCUGUACUUCGCCGCGCGAUGGAUCAUAAUCAGCGAAGUGAUGUUCGACGCGACGAAUCCCUACGAAAAUACCACGGAGGAGGCUGCAUCCGAAUUCAGCAACCGGGAGGUUCCAGUCAACCCCGAAGUGGAUCUCAACUUACAAACGAUUACAGCGCCGGGAGACGGUCAAGAAUACCUGGAGGUACUGAUCGGCGUGCUCACUGCCAUCAUACUGCUGCUCCUGUUGGUCUUCUUCAUCAUCUUGUUCCUGAACCGACGGCAGAAGCUACAGAGCUCCCCGACGGUGCUGAAGAAUCCGUUCGGCUUCGCCAUCAAUAUGAAGGGUCUUCUGCUGAACUUGACGCCCGGCGGGAUGCUGACGGCGGAAACCGCCAAUCACGUAUCGCCUGAUAUACCGGAAGACGUGAGCAUGCACGAGUCGCUCACGAUGGAGCAGUUUAACUCGCCGCUCGUCAGCCCGCAGUACAAGUCCACGUACGCGAUCGUAGCGAGCUCCGAAUCCCCGAAGGACUUCCAGAACAUAGAAAUUCCGGAAGAGAGCGUGCGACUGGACGCGCGACCGGAGUCUGCGGUCGGUCCGUCCAGCUGCUCCUCAUCACCGACUAACUCGCCGGCUCGUCAUUCCCAGCACUACAGGACCCUUCAAAGUUACAGCAGUCCAACUAGGAAACUCAAUAUCGCGGUUACGCCCAAUCACCAAAGGGAUGUCGAUCAGGUUCACUCGAAGCGCUGGCACACAGCGCCAAAGGAGAAGCACAAGAUACCAGCGCCCGUCGUCAGCUGGAACAUCGCACCUAGUAUGAACAAGCCGUACAAGUGCAAGGAAAUAGAGCCAACCAAUAUACCACGACAGUGCCUGCGAACGACGGAGAAACUCGGCUCGCGGAACGUGGGAGAGGUCAUAAUAUGCGAAGCGGUGGGUCUGGACGAGGUUGUGUCCGGCGCCCCCAGACUAGUGGUCGCCCGUGUGCCCUUGUGCAGCGGCGACAUUCGCACUAACAACGCGGUCGAUCAGAUGAGGGAGGUGCGAUUCCUGUCGUGCCUGUCCGACCCGAACGUGGCGCGAGUCCUGGGGGUGUGCACGGUCGAGCCGGUGCCGUGGACGAUCAUCGAGUACACCGAGCUCGGUGAUCUCGCUCAUUACCUGCAGUACAGUGUACCACUCACGGGAACGCUCAGGCCGAAUUGCAACUUGAAAGCUCUCAGUCAGAGUUGCCUGCUGUACAUGGGCACGCAGAUAGCCUCCGGGAUGAGAUUCCUCGAGUCGAAGAAUCUGGUGCACAAAGACCUGGCGGCCAGGAACUGCCUCGUGGGUCGUUGCUACACCGUCAAAGUAACCGACAUUGCGAUGUGCAGCGAUCUUUACAAGAAGGAUUACAGCGAUAUCGGCGGUAGACCGCCCGCGCCGAUCCGGUGGCUACCGUGGGAGAGUAUUUUGCUGGACAGGUACACAUGCUCGAGCAGCAUUUGGUCCUUCGCCGUGACGCUCUGGGAGGUGAUGAGUUUGGCCAGGGAGAAACCCUUCCAGCAUUUGUCCAACGAUCAAGUUAUCCAGAACGCCGAGCAUAUGUAUUACGGAGCGGAGCUGCAAGUUUUUCUGCCGAAACCAACCAUGUGUCCGGAGGAGGUGUAUCGGAUGAUGUGUUCAUGCUGGAGAAGGGACGAGACAUCGCGACCAACCUUCAAGGACAUCUACACGUUCCUGAAGAACAUAAUAACGGACUAUCGACCCGGUGCAUAAAGAGUAAUCUCGGCAAACUGUGAUACGGGAACGGAUCGUCUCCUUCGGAUGCGAACGACGACGACGUCGGGAGUGUCCCCUUCUCCCCCUUGCCUACCUGCCCGCCAAAGGUGGGUGGUUGAGGCGAGGUUUCGCGCUCGACCUUUCGAUCAGAGAUUCUCCGGAAAAUGUACAAUCGUUAGUUUGUAGACGCACGUGUGUCUCGGAGACGAGACUCUCGCGAGACGCGACACGCUGCCCGAUGCACGUGCCCUUCCUCCUCCUCAUCCUUCACCCUCUGCCGUCUGGGAAGUUCAAGAGACCGGCCACGUACGCGGCUCGAUCGGGAGAAACGAUCUCCUGAGCGGACGCUAUCGUAAGCUGUCUCGCCGAGGUGAAAAGACGAUAACGAAGUCGUCAUCGUAAUCGGAGCGAGCACAUGGAAACGGGAGUGCGAAGACGUCCAAGUAUCGCGCGCAAAGUUCGUUUCUCUCGAGAGAUAGAGGCCUCGCCUCUCGUCGUCGAGCGAGAGCAGCGUUCUUCAAGCGUACGUGCGUGCGUGCGUGCGUGCGUGCGUGCGUGCGUGCGUGCGUGCGUGCGUGCGUGCGUGCACGCUAGCGCGUCGCCCUCGUCUGCGGACGUCAUUCGUAAAUGGAACGUCAUUGAAUAUUUUCUAGUCAGUACGAGUCUUUGAUUCUCACGAAAGUGCUAUCGUGUACAGUAUUCUGACAUUAAUAAUGUGUAAUAUGUACGCUACUAUGCUCAGUACCGAAUACAAAAGUCUAUCCAUUUGUACAUACGAAAGUCUAGGUCUUAAACGCUAGGUGAACGGGAAAUUUUUACGGCAGUAAGCGCGCUGUCACGACGGUUCGCCGCAAUUAGUUUCGCCCGGCUUUCCCCUACACACACGGACAGGAUUUUAUAGUGAGGAUUAUCAAAGUAGUUCGAAUUCGUUGUAAAAUUAUUAAUGAGUCAAACGGUCUCCCAGCUGAGGAACAUGUCGGCUACAUUCUGUUCUGUCGCCCUGUUGUCUCAUACGUGCUAUUCAUACGUUAGGAAUUCUCGGGAGUGUUGCUAUGAAAAAUUACACUGUAUAAACUUAUUUACUGUUAGAGAAAUUUUUGCUCACUUGCCGAUUCACUCGCUACUUGAGACUGCGCCGUCGGAGAGGAAAUGCAUUUACCACGUUCCUCAGUGAAAAGUGCUGCGUUCCCUAGCAAGAUCAAUUCUAGCGACAAUCUAGUCUCUUGCACUACGAGGAAACAUGGCGAGAUUGGAAAGAAUUUACAUGGGAAGGAAGGAAGGAAGCUAUAACAUUCUCUCCGUGUACGUGAAACUUUUACUCUCUUUCUCGGAAGCCUCCUGCUCGCCGGCGCGGGGCCGCGCUCGAUCGUAACUGUUUUCUAGCUUAAUUCACAAACGCAGUGGAUUAAUUGCUCAAAGUGUAAAGAGAAAAAAGAAAGAGCCACUAUCUGUGGAUGAAAAAUACAAGAUAGAUCUUUAGUCGGUAAGAGAGAGAGAGAGAGAGAGAGAGAGAGAGAGAGAAGAGGAAAAAUUUGCAGAUGUGCGCGCGAGCGCGACAUGAUUUCGUUCAGCUUGACCGUCUUUACCACGCCCUAAAAAUUUCGAACUUAGUCGACUUGUACAUUUCGAGUGCCCAUCAGUAGUGAGUACUUAUCAUUCUCCAUCGUUCGCGUUUUUCCGUUUUGAGGAACUGUACUGUGUUGUAAGAGGCGUAGUUUUCGCGUAUGUUCUUCCCGAGGACGUAAGCACAUAUCUCCCACUCGUUUUUAUUUACGACUUAAGAGCAGCGACAUGCUAAAGAACAUCCUAGCGACGAGUAUCAUGCUUUGGAAGGAAUCAAUAAAAGUUUAAACAACGCCACACACGUCUGUUGGAUUUUUCCGAUCGUUGCGCACGUCGCGCUUGAACGUGAAGCGACGUGAAACGUGCGAGAUCUCGUGUGGGAAACGAAAUUAUGAAAAGAAAAAGACAAAAAAAAAA